AUGGCAGAGCUACAAAUGUUGUUAGAUGAGGAGAUUCCAGCCGGGAAACGAGCGCUUGUGGAGAGUUACCAGAACCUCACCAGAGUAGCGGACUAUUGCGAGAACAAUUAUGUGCAGGCACAGGACAAGAGGAAGGCCCUGGAGGAGACCAAAGCCUACACCACGCAGUCCUUGGCCAGCGUGGCGUACCAGAUCAAUGCCUUAGCCAACAAUGUGCUGCAGCUGCUGGACAUCCAGGCGUCACAGCUGCGCCGCAUGGAGUCUUCUAUCAACCACAUCUCUCAGACGGUGGACAUCCAUAAAGAGAAAGUGGCCCGGCGAGAGAUCGGGAUCCUGACAACCAAUAAGAACACGGCAAGGACUCAUAAGAUCAUCGCCCCCGGCAACAUGGAGCGGCCGGUCAGGUACAUCCGCAAACCCAUCGACUACACGCUGCUGGACGAUGUGGGCCACGGCGUCAAGUGGCUAAAAGCUAAGCAACACGGAAACAACCAGGCGAUCCGAGCCGGGACCCUGUCGAGGACCAACCCGCCCACGCAGAAGCCUCCCAGUCCCCCCAUGUCAGGGCGCGGCGGGACGUUGGGACGCAACACGUCGUACAAGACCCUAGAACCAGUGAAACCUCCCACGGUGCCCAACGACUACAUGACGAGUCCUGGACGCCUGGGCAGCCAGCACGGGCAGAACAGCCCCGGACGCACGGCCUCGCUCAACCAGAGAGCACGCACACACAGUGGCAGCAGUGGGGGCAGCAGCAGCAGAGAGAACAGCGGUAGUGGGAUUGGAAUUCCCAUCGCCGUGCCAACGCCCUCCAUCCCCAACGCGGGACCAGUGAGCCUCAUGCCAGGGCCCCCAGGAGCUCCCCCUCCCCCUCCGCCUCUGCCUGGAUCAGCUCCUCCAAUGGCACCACCACCACCACCUCCUCCCCCUCUCGCAGCCGGAGCUGUGGUUCCAGGGCCUGGUCUCGGCCCCGCCCCCAUGUCCCAGUUCGGAACCAUGUCGCGGCAGAUCUCGCGCCACAACCCCGCCAACUCGUCCGUCUCCAUGGUUUCGGCCACGGGAACGUACCGGCGUGCGCCCUCGGUCACCUCGCAGUUCUCCUUACAGCAGCAGAUGCAGCAGCAGCAGCCUCACAUCAACGGGGGCACUCCUGGUUACGGCCAGAACUCAAUGCCCAUGGCCCCCCCUCCGCCCCCCAUGCCUCAGCUGACUCCACAGAUCCCUCUGACCGGCUUUGUGGCCAGGAUGCAGGAGAGCAUUGCAGAUGCCCCGACCCCGCCCCCUCCGCCGCCCCCUGACGACAUGCCCAUGUUCGACGAGUCUCCUCCCCCUCCCCCACCUCCCCCGGUGGACUACGAGGAGGAGGACGCCGCCGUGGUGCACUACAGCGACCCCUACGCCGACGGGGAUCCACAAUGGGCACCGACCAACUACGUGGAGAAAGUGGUGGCCAUAUACGACUACUCUAAAGACAAGGACGACGAGCUGAGCUUCAUGGAGGGCGCCAUCAUUUACGUGGUGAAGAAGAACGACGACGGCUGGUACGAAGGCGUGAGCGGCGGCGUCACCGGCCUCUUCCCCGGAAACUACGUGGAGAGCAUCAUGCACUACGCAGACUGA